UAGGCAGAACAUUCUAUUCCUGUGGGACACGAGAACCUGCAGCCUCUGGCCAUGGCGGGACCUGAGUGGCAGUCCCUGGAGCAGUGCCUGGAGAAGCAUCUGCCGCCUGAUGAUUUGGGCGAGGUGAAGCGAAUUCUCUAUGGCAAGCAGACUAGAAAUCUUGAUCUGCCCAGAAAAGCUUUAGAAACUGCCUCAGAAAGAAACUUUGAACUGAAGGGAUACGCCUUCGGGGCAGCCAAGGAGCAGCAGAGAUGCCCCCAGAUCGUGCGUGUGGGGCUCGUUCAGAACAGGAUCCCACUCCCCACAUCUGCCCCUGUGGCAGAACAGGUCUCUGCUCUCCACAAACGUAUAGAGGCUAUUGUGGAGGUGGCUGCCAUGUGUGGGGUCAAUAUCAUUUGUUUCCAGGAAGCAUGGAAUAUGCCCUUUGCUUUUUGUACCCGCGAGAAACUGCCAUGGACAGAAUUUGCUGAGUCGGCAGAGGAUGGGCUCACCACCAGGUUCUGUCAGAAGCUGGCAAAGAAGCACAAUAUGGUGGUGGUGUCUCCGAUUUUGGAACGAGAUCGCGAUCACGGGGGAGUUCUGUGGAACACAGCUGUGGUGAUCUCCAACUCAGGAGCGGUCAUGGGAAAGACCAGGAAGAACCACAUCCCCAGAGUGGGCGACUUCAAUGAGUCCACUUACUACAUGGAGGGAAACCUGGGCCACCCCGUGUUCCAGACCCAGUUUGGCAGGAUUGCCGUGAACAUUUGCUACGGGCGGCACCAUCCCCUCAACUGGCUCAUGUACAGCAUCAAUGGAGCAGAGAUCAUCUUCAACCCCUCAGCCACCAUUGGAGAACUCAGGUCACUGGGGGCAGAGAUGGGGGGGGCGCUUUCUGGACCUCAUUCACCACCUCAGGCCUGGCCAGGGUCAACCUGUGGGAUUCAGACAUGUGUGACUGGAGGAGCCCAGAUGCGGACUCUGGACUCUGUUCCCCAACUUGACCUGAGUGUGAGUCCUUGGUCGUAUUCCAGAGACUCGGAUUCUCAUUGGACAGACAAGAUUUUUAAAUCCUCCCCAGCCUGUAUCCUUUGUUUUCAGAUGACAGGGCGACUUGAGAUGUAUGCCCGGGAACUUGCUGAAGCUGUUAAACCCAACUACCGACCCAACAUUGUGAAGGAAGACCUGGUUAUACCCCCUAGCUCGGGUUAAGUGGCUAAAUUUUAAAAUGUGUGCGGGAAUUGGGGGGGUGGGGGGUGGGGCUCAAUAUCCAGGCAGGAGGAGGAUAGAAUGAGCAAGCACAUGGGGAACAACUGCUAAUAAUGAACACGUGAUUUUCUUCUGGGGACUUGGAAAUGUUUUGGGAUUCAAAAGAUGAUUCAACAACAAUGAACAUCUAUUAAAUGCAACUGGAUUGCACACUCCGAAAGA